AUGAUCCCCGUCAGGAGAACUACUGCAAAGGCCGACGGCUUGCCGUCUGUUCUUGAAAACUCCUCCAAAGCUCGUACUCACUCCGAAAAAGCAGAACAUCCCUUACCAAUCGAUCUCCAGCAACAAUUUCUUUACUGGGAUCACCCCAAAUUCUCGCAAAAGCCGCUGCGACCAAUCAACGAGCACACUGGGAGCAAAAGAAGAUGCAUCGUUAUACGUCUGCGAUUUACGAAUGCCAAACGCUCCGUCUCUCCGCUAACACCGGCCAUAGAGAUCACUGCUCAGAAUGUGCUUUUGGAGAUGAGCGACAUUGAGCACUUCCGAGCAAUCGAGGAAGAAGAGGCAGUCGAACCGUCGUCGCCAGUAUAUGACGGGAGUUACCCCAUCUAUCCAUCUCCUCACUUUGGACCCUGUCUUGACCGACUUUGGGUCGUCAAGAUCGGCACUGGACAUACUCAUCGAGCGCCGGAAAUCUUGCUAGGUAUACCCUGGGAUGCUCAAGUCGAUGUUUGGUCGAUUGGAAUCAUGGUAUGUCACUGCGUCUUCCAAGGCACUAGAGCUGCUCGAGGGCAGGAACUUGUUCCAUCCAAUUCACGAAGCUCACAAGCAGUAUGUAUUGCAGUGAACUUGUCUCUGAUGCACGUCGGUCCAUACUAUUAUCCGGCCUUGACGGAGGCAAGAAAUCGUGGCUGCUGGCCAGGUGAUCUUUUGAUGAUCUCCGGUAUGAUGCAUCCUGUGAUAGUAGCUCUAAUGGCAGCGGUAGUCGCCAGUGGGAGCCAUCGUCUCAUUGUUGUGGUAUAUACCGUUUUGGGCGCCGGCACGAUGGGACUGGCAAUCUCUUUGGACGAGGUGCUGAUUGCUCGAAACGGGUAUCAACCCCUAUACAUCGGCCUCUUUCUAUCUCCAUAUCAAUACAGCUCUUCUCAGCCUUUCACGCCUGAAGUCUGGGCACUGCCCUGCCCUGCGCUUCGAGAGCACGUUGCUGCCAGAGCGGAGAUUUUAUCAAGGUCAUUUCGAAUCCGCAAUUCCAAUCAUGCUCUUACUGACUCUUCAUGCCCGUUUUCAAUGCUAAUGCUCCACGUCCCAAACGCCUCGCGAUGCCAUCAGAUCAUAUGGGUAUAUAUAAUUUGCGCCAGUCGUCAACUGCUCGGUGGUGCUUGUUCACUGCUUGCUCCUGCUUCGCCACUCGGUGGUUUUCGCUGAGUUUGCGAAUUCAGCCUUUGCGCCUAUACGUUCCCGAUUCCAGUCAGCGCAUUCUCAACGUACCAUGAUCUCGCAUCAAUCUCUGUACAACUUCGGCUUCCAUCCUUCUCGGAUCUCUUGUUCGCGCUCCGCCGCCUCUUGCGCUUCACGUACCUCCAUCUCCAAACGCUCCCGUGCUCGCAAGACUUUACUCUGCAAGUAAAAAGACCCGCCUUUCUUCGGAUCGUUCAUAUCAAACAGGUGUUUGAAGCGAUCGUGGACGCGACCUAAAUCUGCUUGCCCGGCCUUUGGAGGCGGUACGUUUAAU